GAACAGAGUUGUGCAAAUUCUAAGGUUCAAUUGAAAACCAGAAAAUAAAAGUCUUCUCCUUUUCUUUAUUUAAUUCUGACUCAUCACUCACUACUAACAUCACUACUUCAAUUUCUAUUCUCUCUCUUCAUACUUCUUCUAUGUUCUGGUAGGAAUGGGAACAAAUCUCAGCAUUCCCAAAACUGAAAAGUUUUGUGAAAAUGGUGAAAAUGACAAUCUUAGAUAUGGCUUAUCAUCUAUGCAAGGAUGGCGUGCAACAAUGGAAGAUGCUCAUGCGGCUCUUCUUGAUAUCGAUACAUCCACCUCGUUUUUUGGCGUUUAUGAUGGUCAUGGAGGUAAGGCGGUUGCAAAGUUUUGUGCCAAGUACCUUCACCAACAGGUGUUCAGGAGUGAAGAUUACACAGCUGGAGAUGUUGGAACAUCUCUUCAGAAAGCGUUUUUCAGAAUGGACGAGAUGAUGCGUGGUCAAAGGGGAUGGAGGGAAUUAGCAGUGUUAGGUGAUAAGGUAAACAGGUUCAACGGAAUGUUCGAAGGAUUGAUUCGGUCUCCAAGAAGCAGCGAUGAUAAGGACCAAACUGAUGAUUGGGCCUUUGAGAAGGGGCCUCAUUCUGAUUUUGUUGGACCAACUUCAGGAAGUACUGCUUGUGUUGCAAUCAUUAGAAACAACCUACUUUUUGUUGCAAAUGCCGGUGAUUCACGCUGUGUAAUAUCUAGGAAGGGUCAGGCAUACAAUUUGUCUAGAGAUCACAAACCUGAUCUUGAGAUUGAGAGGGAUAGAAUCUAUAAAGCUGGCGGUUUUAUUCACGCAGGACGAGUUAACGGAAGUUUAAAUCUUGCAAGAGCUAUAGGUGACGUGGACUUUAAGAACAAUAGAUUUUUGUCUGCCGAAAAACAAGUUGUUACCGCCAAGCCAGAUAUAAACACUGUUGACCUUUGUGACGAUGAUGAAUUUUUAGUGCUAGCUUGUGAUGGCAUAUGGGAUUGCUUGUCGAGCCAACAAUUGGUCGAUUUUGUGCGUCAAGAACUUCUCAUGGAAACCAAACUUUCUGAGGUUUGUGAAAGAGUGCUAGACAGGUGUUUGGCACCGUCGUUGGCUGUCGGGGACGGGUGCGAUAACAUGACAAUGAUCUUGGUGCAGUUCAAAAAACCAGUGCAGACUAGUGCACCAGCUGAAGAUCAAUCAUCUUCAAAUGAACAUGGUGCAUCUGAAUCAAAUUUGGAGAGUGGUUGAAGUUUGCAGUUUUUUUGUGUACCAACACUGCAUGCAUAUCUAUGUAUAUUGUAUAGUGGUGACUAAUGCUAAGAAAAUAUAUAGAUGAUCAUUUUCUGUAAUCAAUUAGUUUGGUCUCAAGUGGUUAAUAAGUUUCAGUUGAAGACAAAUUUUUCGAAGAAAUUUGAGUUUGGAUCUUUAUUGAAACAAUCCUUAACUAGAUUUUACUUAUCUUUUGAU